CCAAUCUAAGGGUUGCGGCCACGCGAGGUUUCCAACUAAUCAACGUGACUGCCGCUACGGGCACCAACUGAUGAGAGCCACUUGUCAACACCGGAAAUGAUGAAGAUCCCAGUUCUGGGACUGGGCACUUGGAAGGCAGGUCCAGGAGAGGUGACUGAGACAGUGAAGAUGGCCAUCGACAUGGGGUACAAGCACAUUGACUGUGCCUCCCUAUACCACAAUGAGAGUGAGGUUGGAGCAGCCGUGUAUUCCAAGAUCGUAGAUGGCAUCGUGAACCGAGAAGAUAUCUUCAUUGUCAGCAAGCUGUGGUGUACCUGCCACAAGAAGUCCUUGGUGAAAACAGCAUGUAUCAAGACUCUGAGGACCCUCAAUCUGGAAUAUGUGGACCUUUACCUCAUGCACUGGCCUAUGGGAUUCCAGCAUGGAAAGAAAGAGUUGCCUUUGGAUCACUAUGGCAGGGUUAUACCCAGUGAGACUGACUACCUGGACACAUGGGAGGCAAUGGAAGAGCUGGUGAAUGCAGGACUGGUGAAGGCUAUUGGAGUGUGCAACUUUAACCAUGAACAACUUGAUAGACUUUUAAGAAAGCCUGGUUUGAGGCUCAAGCCACUGACUAACCAGAUUGAGUGCCACCCAUAUCUUGCCCAGGAGAAUCUGAUUAAGUUUUGCCAAGACAGAGAUGUGUCUGUGACUGCCUACUAUCCUUUUGGUGGCUCAUGGAAGGGGGUUGACUUAGCGGAUGACCCUGUGCUUCAGAAAAUUGCACAGAAACAUGGAAAGACUCGUGCUCAGAUUUUGCUCAGAUUUCAGAUCCAGAGGAAUGUAAUAGUGAUUCCCAUAGCUGUCAAUCCACAGCAAAUUCAAGAAUAUAUGCAAGUGUUUGAUUUUGAGUUAACAGCAGAAGAUAUGAAUGAGAUCCUUAAUCUAGACAAAAAUCUCCGACUGGUCACAUUUCCCACAACUGAAAGUCACAAAGACUACCCUUUCCACGCAGAGUACUAAGGAUAGCUUCCUUCUUCCUCAGUUUUGCCCCACCAAGACAAGUGGAUGUCAUCAGCACCAUCGCGAAAGAGGAUAGGGGAGAUCAAUGUGCAGAUUUUAAGAAAAUGUUGCCUUAUGGAAAUUUUUAAACAGUGUAUAAGUGUUGAGAAUAUAUUGUAAUGAAUAUCUAGCUCAUUACUCAA